AUGGCCCUGACUGCUUCACUCCCGCAGAACUCACUGAAGGGAUUAUUAGCAAACGUGAAUCCAACUCAGCGUGCUGGCCAAUCGCCGAAGCGGCGCAAGGCCAACUUCAACGAGGCGGAGACCGAGGUGCUCAUCGAGCAGGUGCUGAAGCACGAGCGGCUGCUGUUCGCCGCGGGGCCGGGCCGCGCCUCGCCGGGCCAGAAGCGGCGCGUGUGGGAGCUCAUCCGCCACAAGGUGAACCCGGUGGCCGCCUGCCCGCGCGACGUGGAGGACCUCAAGAAGCGCUGGCGCGACCUCAAGCGCCGCGACCGCAGCAAGCUCUGCCGCCUGUCGCAGGGCGGCGGCGCGCCCGGCCCCGCCGCCGCGCUCGGCCUCCUGCUGGCCGCGGAGGAGCUGCCGCGCGCCGCCCCGCCGCGCCGCGCGCCGCCGCGCGCCUACGUGCUGCCCGCCGCCGUGCCCAUCGCGGGCGGCAUCGACACGCUGGAGCUGCCCGGCGCCGCGCUGGGACGCGUGGGGUUUGAGGAUGACCCUGGCCCAUCUCAUCAGUCCAGCCUGCAGAAGAUGAGCUUGAAAGAAGAGAUAGUAGUGAAAGUGGUGGAGCCAGAAGAAAGCUCUGAGGACAUGGCGGUGGUUCCACCCAGCCAGGAGCAGCUGCCUUUUCUGGGGACAACGGGUGGUGGUUCCUCCGGGAAAGUAAAAGCCAAAACAAAAGGCACGUGCAGGUCUGCGCAGGCAGACCGCAGUGAAGUCACCGAGGAGGAGCUCCUGCAGAUUCAGCAGACCCAGCUGCAGGUGAUCCAGUCUGGCUUUGACAGCGUCAACCACAACCUGCGGCUGCUGCAGCAGGGCAUGCAGGAGCUCAGCCACAGCCUGAGCCUCAUGGCGCACACGCUUGCUGCCAUCAAGAACGUCUACGUGAGGAACAACGCCGGCCCCGCCACGUUCGCCACGGCCUCCACUCAGACCGCGGCCGGCUACCUGAGCCCGGGCUCGCCGCAGGCCUCCCCGGCCGAGGACAGGGCGCGAGUGCAGGCGGCCGGAGGCAGCAGCAGGAGCAGCAGCUGCAGCUCCAGCUCCAUGUCGCAGGAGCCGGGUCCCUCCGAGUUUCCUCGGCCCGCCCUGAGAACCAUUAAGAAAGAACAUCCCAAUGGCUGCUACUACUUCUGCUUUGCAGAUGUGUAAAAACUUGAAUAUAUGUAAAGUGACUGUGGUGUUAGGUGCUGUUGUAUGUUCUGCUCCAGCCUGUGACUCUCAAGGAGCAAAGUGGACUUGCCUCCCACAUUUUUCCAAGUGGGAAACAUUUCACUAGAGGUGGCAUUAAACACUACUCACCAGUCUCUUGUUUGUUAACUGUUGCAGUUGGCUAAUGUUUUUCUUCUAUUUGCCGUCUUACUCUCUUUAAAAAAGAAAAAAAAAACAGAUUUAUUUUGACUAAGACUCUUGUCUGUAUCAUC